UUUGGCGCUAGUGGCAAAGUUUGGGAAUCAUAGAGGCGGUUGAAGAAAAUCGCAGAGAGGAGCUGGAAUGCUACUGCUUUACGGAUUACACUAACAUUUACAGGUUGUUUUCUGUGAGCACUCAUCUCUACUGCUUGGAUUCAGCAGGAUCUAAAGGAACGCAAUCUCCUGAGACAUGUCGGAGGACCUGAGCUCUCAACCCUGGUCCAUCAACAAGGAUGACUAUGAGCUGCAGGAGGUGAUCGGAAGCGGUGCUACGGCUGUGGUCCAGGCUGCCUACUGUGUGCCCAGGAAGGAGAAGGUUGCCAUCAAACGCAUCAAUCUGGAAAAAUGCCAGACCAGCAUGGACGAGCUCCUGAAAGAGAUUCAGGGGAUGAGCCAGUGUCACCAUCCCAACAUUGUGUCGUACUACACCUCGUUCGUGGUGAAGGAUGAGCUGUGGUUGGUCAUGAAGCUGCUCAGUGGUGGCUCUGUGUUGGAUGUUAUAAAGCACAUAAUUUCAAAAGGGGAACACAAGAACGGUGUACUGGAUGAACCCAGUAUAGCUACUGUGCUGAAAGAGGUCCUUCAGGGUCUUGAGUACCUUCACAAAAAUGGACAGAUCCACAGGGAUCUUAAAGCUGGAAACAUCCUGCUGGGGGAUGACGGAUCAGUGCAAAUCGCAGAUUUUGGUGUAAGUGCCUUCUUAGCCACUGGUGGUGACAUGACUCGAAAUAAAGUGCGGAAGACGUUUGUGGGAACACCAUGUUGGAUGGCUCCAGAAGUGAUGGAGCAGGUGAAAGGUUACGACUUCAAAGCAGACAUCUGGAGUUUUGGGAUCACCGCCAUCGAGCUGGCCACAGGCGCAGCUCCUUACCAUAAAUACCCUCCUAUGAAGGUGUUGAUGUUGACCCUGCAGAAUGAUCCUCCUUGUCUUGAGACUGGAAUCACAGACAAGGAGAUGGUGAAGAAAUAUGGGAAAUCCUUGAGGAAGAUGAUCUCGAUGUGUUUGCAGAGGGAUCCAGAGAAAAGGCCGACAUCAUCAGAACUCUUAAAACAUAAAUUCUUCCAGAAAGCCAAGAAUAAUGAAUUCCUGCAGGAGAAAUUAUUACAGAAAGCACCUACAAUUAAAGAGAGAGCGAGAAAGGUUCGGCGAGUUCCUGGCUCCAGCGGGAGACUCCAUAAAACAGAAGAUGGACAGUGGGAAUGGAGUGAUGAUGAACUGGAUGAGGAGAGCGAGGAGGGUAGAGCUGCUGUUGCUGCUUUACGGGAGCAGCAGUCCAAGUUGACAAGGCGACAAGUCCGUUUCUCUCAGCCUCUUGAGCUGCCCCCACCCAGGUCACCAAGAAUACUAGAAGGACUCCAGAAUGCAGAGAUAUUCCAGCCUCUCAGUAGUCACCUUCAGCCUGAACUACCUCAAGCUGCUGGCCAGAGCCCGGCCAACACUCAACACACUGCCCCAACUACAACCCCAACCCCAGCUGCGAACUCUGACCAGGCCACAGUUCCUGGAGCCGAUGCCUUACAGACCCCAAUCAGUUUAGUAUUAAGAUUAAGAAACUUGAAAAAGGAACUGAAUGACAUACGAUUUGAGUUCAUGCCUGGUAGAGACACAGCAGAUGGGGUUUCUCAGGAGCUGGUAUCGGCCGGCUUGGUAGAUGGGAGAGAUUUAGUUAUAGUGGCUGCAAAUUUGCAGAAGAUAGUCGAAGAGCCUCAUUCCAAUAAAAAUGUCACUUUUAAACUGGCCUCUUGCGUUGAGGGCUCUGAGAUUACUGAUGAUGUCAAACUCUUGGGAUUUGCUCAGCUCAGCAUUAGCUAAACCUAGGCUCUGUGCGGGACCAUGACUUGCCUACAAAUGUGAAAACAAACCAACACUACCAACAGAAUGACACAUUGAUGAAUUUUUUCCUCUUUCAAUUGCCCUAAAGAAACCACUUUUGCCAAAGAGAAAAGUACCCUAGCACCAGCCCAUAGGAUUCCAAACGGCCCAGCGGAAGAGUUGCACAAACAUGAGAACGAUCAGAAUUUGUAGGAAUCGAUUAAAAUAAAGUUUACAAUUUAUUUGAAUAAGGAUGCAAUUAUCAUAACCAGAUAUAACCUUAAUGUUCUUCUAUUGUUUAUCCUUUUUUCUUUUUUCUUUUUUUUUGUCUUAAUUUUUCAAAAUUUUUCAAAAUCUGAACAGACACCCUAAAAAUGAACAAUGUAAAAAAUGCCUCCAAUAUAACUGUUGAGUGCAUAAAAGAGUAGUGAAACUCAAAGAAACAUGGAGUUUAUAAAGGAAAAUAGUAAAUGAUUUUAGCUAUAGUUGUAAACCUUUAUUUUUUCUAUGCUUUUGAAGAGAAGCAGCUUAGCAUGUUUUAUCACACCGCAUGCAUUAUUUACUUAGGUUCAGUUUAAAGCAGCUUGAUGAACUUUUACAGAAUCUGGUUUUGAAAUUUCAAACAACUUUAACUUUCUCACAAAAAUGACUUACACUACAAUUCUCAAAUAUUUCAAAUUCUACAGAUUAGCUGAAUACGAUUAAAUGGUUUAUGUAGUGUCAUUGAGCCCUAAUGAACACUCCUAAAGACUGCUUUUUCCCCUUGUUGGUGUUGGUAUUUUUUUAUUAUUAUUUUUGACUCUAUCUCAACUUGGCACAUUUGCAAAUGUUACCAAUGCUGCUCUAAAGUUAUUGCCUUAAUAUUUCUACACAUUUUUGCAUCACACAUAUCUCUCCUUUUUAGAAUUUGCAGUAAUUUGUGAAUUUUGGUUUUAAUUUUUUGACAUUAUCUGUGACUUAUGCUCAUUUUUAUAAGUAUCUCUGUGAAAAGGUAGAAUUACCUGAUGAAACUUUGGUGUUUAUCUUUUUCCUGCUCUGGAAUUGAACUCUUAAGUAUUCGUGUGUAUUUCUGAUGUGGAUGAACUCAGUUGAGCAUGUACAUAAUGUAAUUUGCCAUUGGUUUGAUUUUAUAUGGGAUGUUUAACUCGUGGCCUUUGUGUUCUUCAUGAAUAAGGUGAUGGGAGGUGGUGUCAACUACAAAAGACACUUUGUGAGUUUUCUUGGUUUGUCUUUGUCUGUGAGGGGGCCAAUAAUCACAGCGGGAUCUUAGGUAGCAUAAAUCUGCCUGAAACUGC